GCCGAAUUCAAAGACUCACUUCACCGGCUCAGACUUCAUCAACCUUCGAGUGCGAUGCUCGGUACAUAUUAAUACGCUACCGAGGACACAACAUAUUCUCACGACGACUGAUCAGAAAGCCCUCGGCCUCUGUCCCGCUUGCUUCCCUUACGGUAUCUCUUCACUCACCGUACGGUCACACUCGGCCCCAACUCUACAUACGACCAAGACAGCGAACUGAUGAAGCUCGCAGCAUUUUGUGUACUGAAAACAGCGGCAUCUUAACAGUACCUCGGUGAUUGGUUUUCCGACAUUGGAUAAGCUUAUGGGAUAAUUUACUGCACUUCAACUAAGUCGAUAAACCCAAUUCGAGAGAAGGAAAGGCAGGGAGGUCCUGUCGCCUUGAACACCACCUGAUACUCACCACCCGGUCACCAUCACAAGUCUGGCCUGGACCAACUCCCGCCAAGAUGUUUCCUUUCGACGUGACCGCCAUGCCCACACUACCGACGCGCAAGGGUCUGUUGGUGAUUGACUUCAACAACGAUUUCAUGUCUGCCGACGGCGCCCUACCAGUCACAAACGGCAACGAACUAGUCACACGUACCCUAGAGUUGGUAAAGGCCUUCCGCAAAGUCGGCGAUAUUAUCUGGGUGCGCAGCGAAUUCGACAAGUAUCGCCUUGCCGCGGGGGAACAGAUCUGGGCUACCGACACAAUCCCCAAGCCCAAGAUUCUCGAGUCCCGUGCUAGAAGAAGGAUUGGAGGCGCAUCUAAGCAAGCGCCCGAAGAAACUUUCGAUGCCGACCCGGAGGCUUUCCUCAGCCAACCUGGACCCAAAGUCGUUCGUUCUGGCACCCCUGGUGCCGAUUACCCCGCCGCCGUCAAGGAAGCGAUCGGCAAGAGGGAUAUCAACUUGACCAAGUCACAUUACUCGGUCUUUUCCUCCGGCCAGUUGAUCCAGAUGAUGCGCGUCAAGUUCGUCCACGAGCUUUAUAUUUGCGGAUCACUCACCAAUAUCGGCGUCCACGCUUCAGCAAUGGAUGCCGCGACGUUCGGCUACUCCAUCACCUUGGUCGAGGAUUGUUGUGGUUUCCGUUCCGACGUACGUCAUAAUGCUUCGUUGACCAAGCUUGUCGAGGUGACGGGCUGCGAGGUGAUGGAGAGUGAGGCCGUCAUUAAGAAACUGCAGCCCAAAUCCGAGUCAAAGCCGGCGGCCCCGUCAUCACCCGUCGUGCCCAAGAGAAUCGCGGAAGCCAGUGGUGUUAGAACGCCGCCCUCGGCUGAUUCGUACAAGACGAAACUCGAAGAGCAGUUGGCCAAUCUUUCAAUCAAAAGUUCAAAGUCCUCAGCAAGCAAGCCUCCCAUCUCACGCCCACGCCGAGACUUGUCAGGCCUGGGCUGUGCAACUGCUUCUGAUGUUUUGGAGGUUGAUGAGGACGCGGGUCCAGUCAGUGACUCAGACGACAAAGAGGUUCACAAACGAUCAAAGAGGCCAAUGGUAGGCAAGGGCAGUGUGGAAAUAGAAGUAGACACAGACUCGGUACCGGAGACAACACCUAUCAAGAAGCAGCAACUUCCCAAGAAAAUUGCCGACGAGAAAGCAUCUUCCACGUCCGACAUUGAACUCGAGCCAGACUCGAGCCCGGAUUUAGAGCCAGAACCAGCCAAAAAGCCCGUUGCCAUGGACGAUACAAUCGAGGUCGAUGACUCACCGCACGCUACCGAACCUCUGUGCGAGGGUGACACCACCGUCAUUCACAAUAUACUCCCUUCGACCAUGGCCAAGGGCAUCUUCGAGAAGGUGAGAGACGAGGUCUCAUGGCAGAGAAUGUCCCAUCAGGGCGGCGAGGUCCCUCGACUGGUCGCCGUGCAAGGCGAAGUAGCCGACGACGGAAGCAUGCCAGUAUAUCGGCAUCCGUCAGACGAGUCACCUCCCCUUUUCCCCUUCACCCCUACAGUACAGAAAAUCAAGGCAGAAGUCGAAAAGGAGCUCGGGCAUCCACUGAAUCACGUCUUGAUUCAGUUCUACCGCAGCGGCACCGACUACAUUUCCGAGCACAGCGACAAGACCCUGGAUAUCGUCAAGGGAUCGUACAUUGCCAACGUCAGCUUGGGUGCGGAGCGCACGAUGGUGUUCAGGACCAAGAGGCGGGACAAGGACCCGUCCGGCACCGCAACGCCGUCGGGCGAGGUCUCUCUGCAGCGGCAGGUUUGCCGCGCCAAGCUGCCGCACAACUCUCUCUGCCGCCUGGGCCUGGCGACGAACGGUCGAUGGCUGCACGCCAUCCGCCAGGACAAGAGGAUGGAUCGAGACAAGACGCCUCCCGAAUUGGCUUUCGAUGGGGGACGCAUCUCGCUCACCUUUAGACAAAUUGGCACCUUUUUGGACCGGGAUAGCACCCUAAUUUGGGGUCAGGGGGCCACCAGCAAGAACAGAGAGACGGCUCAAGCGGUCAUCAACGGUCAGUGCCCACAGGCCGUCGACAUGGUCUACGCCUUUGGAACCGAAAACCACUCGUCUGACUUCGAAUGGGACAAGUUUUAUGGCAAGGGUUUCGAUGUUCUGCACAUGAGCACUUCGCCGCGCCUCUGCGCCUCAGCUGAUCCUAUCACCAACAUGCGCAUCGCCCUGAUGUUAGCCGAGUACGGCAUCUCGUACGGCAAGGGGAGCAUUUCGCCUUCCUUCAACUGGAAGGAUAGCAACGCCGGCGGCAAGGAUACAACGGCUGUUUCUGCAUCGCUGCCGAUUCGAUUCGUCGACAAUGACGUAGCAAAAUCCACGGUGCAGGGCGAGUUGGCCAUUAUGCUCUAUCUGGAUUCCGUAUAUGGAUCCAGGAAGAAGGGAGCGGCAGAUAAAGCGCAAAUAGAUGUUGCGAAAACUUUUACACGUUUCCAGGAUGGCCUUGUGCUCCUCGACAAGUGGCGAGGGCUCGAGAAGGACAACAAGUCAGGAAAGCGCGAUCUCGCACCCUUGAAGAGAGAACUCGCCGCCUGGGAGGGAUAUGCAGGUGAGGCCGACUUCAUCGCGGGCUCUAGUAUGUCGUUGGCCGAUUUUGCGAUAUGGCCGCUGUUACACGAAAUCUUCAAGGACGCCAACACCGAAAGUCUGGAAGCGACCAAGAAGCUGAAGGCGUACUACGAGAGAAUCAAGUCCACCAAGUCUGCCGCCAAGGUCCUUGAUGCAAACCAACCUGAUACCGCUGGGGCUGUAUCGGCGGACCCAAAGACUGAAAGCGUGAUCGAGGCAUCAAAGCCGAGUGAGAGUCCCUCAGGCGAGAAGUCGCAGAAAGACUGAGCCACAAAGGGCGGUUCCCGGAUGCAGGGCGAGCUUCGAGGACGAAGUAUUUACAUAGCGUACAUCGCAUGCUUGAUAGCUUUGAAUAGUUCCAAAUACACUUUGUAGC